AUGGUGCUCCUCAACCUGCUGACUCUGGGACUCUGGUCAAAGGUUGGACGGUUGACACACUAUGCCUUUGACGCCGUUCUCUUCUCGGCUUUCCUCGCCGGCAUGAAGCGAUCUACCGGCCUGACUUUCAAGACUGACAAGGUCGCGGGCGAGAACAAGGAAUUCACCGGCUGGAUCGAUAGAUACCUCGGUGUCGGAGAAUGGGUCAUGGAUCAAUCCGUCGCGAUCGCAGGCUCCAGCGGCUACUUUGAGCGAACCCGAUGA